AUGUGGUAUCCUCCGGAACAGCGGCAGCAACAGCGUAGCUGCUAUGAAUAUGCUCAGCACUUUUCAAGUCAACAACAAACUUACCCGAGAACUCCAUAUUAUUUUAACGGUGAUGAAUUAUCAAUUACUAAUGGUGUACCAAUCAAUGAUGAGAAUGAAUCACCUGUCCAUUGUCAAACAACCUACAAUGGCAAUACUCACGUUAUUACAGACUACUACGUGACUGCUUCAACUAAUUUAUACGGCGAUGAAAUGCCGUCAUUUCAUAUGACAUCAACACGAAAUGCAUACUGGGAUCCUGUUAUUGCCGCACCAACAAAAUUGUUUGUUGAAACAAAACCGAUGAAUAUCUCUGCACAACCUUCGCACGCAAUUUCCUCUUCGCCAUUACCGUCACCGCCAUCAUCUUGUUGGGAUUGGGUACUUUUUUCUCCAGAUUAUUAUUCUGAGUUUUACACUCCAUUAUCAUCUAGCACAUAUCAUCAACAGGAAAAGCUAGAGGAGGAAAAUGAUGAUGACAUUAAUAUUAAUUUCCUAGCGAGUCUACCUACAUGUUUACUCGCCUUACUUUGCUUAACACCAAAAUUAUUAAAUACAUCGGACGAUGAGAAUGAUAAUGAUCAAGAGAUUAGUUCUCUUCGUAUAGCGGACGAGCCAUUGUUAUCCUCAUUAUCGAAUAGUAUUAAUGAAAAACGUAACAAUAUCUCGUCUAAUAGAUCAUUAUCGUCCGAUAAUAAAAGUUCUUCAAAUUUAAAUAUUAAUAAACAAAAUUUGAAAAAUGAUCGUUCAUCAACACCCGAUACUGAUGAUGGUUAUCAAUCAGCUAGUGAUGCUAGUCGCAGUGACUAUUCUCAACAAUCAUCAAGACGUGAUGAACAUCACAAUAGUAAGCAUGAUGUAACCCUUAUUAAACAUUCUUUACCUACACCUCUUAUGCCACGACGCAUUUCAUAUGCGGCAGCUGUUAAACCAAAUGCAAUGUCAACAAAUAAAAUAUCGUCAUCACAAAUAAUGACUAUUAAACCAAAACAAAUAUUUAACAAUACACAAUCAACAAUUGCAAAUGAUAUAUUAAAUAAGAAGGGUCAAAAAUCAAAAUUCAUCGCACCGCGUUUCGAACGAAUGCACAAUGCUAAACAGUACACUUCGUCUUCAGUAUCAACGAAUCGAACACAAAUACGUUCGAAUAAUAAUAACAACAACAAUAAUAAUAAUAAUCAACGGAAUCAUAUUGUUAAUUCAACUCGACGUUUUUAA